AAUUAUGGCAAUAGUACAAUCAACGGUACACUCGACUCAAACUUUCUUCUCGUCUCUGAGUUUUUUUUUGCCAAACCAGUUUUUGUUAAAAUAAACACCGGCGGCAUAAUGACCAGUCUGUGCGAAGUAGUGAAAUUAAGUGUUGGAAAAUUUGGAAACCCCAGCAAAACUCCUUUUAGCAGUACAAGAUCCUUUUUGCACAUCAGAUACGCACCGGUGUCUGGUUUCAGAAACCAUCCGCGAGGGGGAACUUGUAGCGUGACCGGUCAGGAAAUUCUAGACAAUCCGGCAGAUGUGGGUUCGCGAGGAUGUUUACCAGAAGAGCUGCAGGAAAACUCAUGUUGGUGGAACGGCCCCGAAUGGCUAUCAAAGAACGAAGAUGAAUGGCCUGAAAACGUCGAGGUGACACAGGAAGAAGUGACACAAGAAGCGCAACCAGAGCAGACACAACAGUUAACAACUCUCGUGGUUAAUCAUGACCAGAGAGAAGAGGUUAUUGACGUCACUGGGCAUAGCAUUCUACACAAGUUGGAGUCAGUCGUCAGCAGAAUAUUAAUUCUAAACGUUAAGAAUGAUGAGACAAAUGGUGUAACAAAACCAAUGGAACAGUUACAAAAAUUGAGAAACAGAGAGUGGGAACAAGACAGAAGAAAGAACGGCAAUAAAUAAAG